AUGAAUCGAAAACUUUUACAUUCAAUUGAGCAUAUUGCAAAUUACGUCUUCUAUGUAGAGUUUGUGGUUUCCAUCCUCGGAUUAAUUUUAACCAUUCCCCAUCUAUUUAUUCUCACGAGAAAAUCAAUGAAAACGUCUUCCACCAAUUCCAUAAUGAUGGGAAUUGCGAUUGUCGAUAUAAUUGUGCUUUUAGAGAUUAUGCUGGAUUGAGCCUAUGGGUUUUGGAUCCUUGAGAAUCCCUCUCUAAACUAUGAAUCUUACAAUUUUGAAUUAUUUCUCUUAACCGGAGAAUUCCUCUGAGACACUGGAGAACGAGCCUCAUUCUGGAUGGGUGUGUUUUUGAUUCUUAUCAGACUGAUUAUCACAAGGCUUCGUGGAACUGCUGGCCGCUUAUCGAGUUCAGUUUUUGGAUAUAUCGUUUUUAUUCUUCUGCUAAUUCCACAUUCUUUAAUAUCUUACAGCUUUUAUUCGACAUUUUUUCUGAAAGAGUGGCCAUUCUCAUGGAAACCGGAUGAAAAGUAAGCUGAUGAAUGGCUUACUGCUCAUAAUAAAAAUAACAACGAAAAUUUCAGAUGCACUGAAUUUCCCAAGAAUUAUAGUGAAAAAGUAUAUGUUCGUGCAUCAAAAGUUGAUAUAACUUUGUUUGAUCCAGCCGAGUUUUACAAUUUUAUUAGCGGACUAUCCAAGGCAACAAUUCUUUCUAGCCAUAAAAAAUUUGUCGCAUUAUUUCCAGAUUGUUGUCAGUGUCAUGUACCCGGUUCUAGCCUUGAUGCUGAUAUUUGAUAUUCGAAGGUCUGCAAAAACUGCAUCGUCACUCAGUGAAAAGAGGGCUAGAGAAAGGUAAUUUGGCAUUUUAUGGGCAAGAUAAAUUACCUGCAUGUGUAUAAGCGGCCGACCCCUUCCUACUUUAAAAUGGGACACGGAACUGACGCCAUAUUUAUCUCAGUUUUUCCUGGACGAAAGGUGGUUCUCUCCACGCGGCCGACACUUUGCGGCUUCCGCUCCACACCGUACAGCAGCGGCAGCUCGCGGAGGCAGGCGGAGGUCGCCGCAAGGUGGGCGCGGCAGGCGUUUUGGCCCCUACAUAGAAGCCCUACUUCAAAGAUUGUACCUUUUUUUAGCUAACUGUUAAACAUAGUACACCUGUUUCUUGCAAUUUCAGAUACCACUCUGGACGUAUGAUUUUGGUGAUGGCAAUAUUUUACACAAUCGCCAGCGCGCCUGGAGGAAUUUCCAACUUCAUUGAAGUGUACAUCGAGAUUCCAACUGCUUCACUUUUAAUGGUUAUCCUAGGACAUGGUUCCAUAUUCUUUCAAGCACUGUUCUGUUUUAACUCUGCGUCUCAUUGUCUGAUUAACUUCUCAAUGUCUACAAAUUACCGAAAGACGGCGAGAAUGACAUUUGGAUUUCAAAAUGGCAAAACUGAGGUUCUAAAGGUAAGGUUUUUGCUUCGAUUUCAACUAACUAUUAGAAAUUGUUUUCAGGUUUCGAGAAAAACGACAAGAGCUACGAAAAUCUAA